UUAGCUGGUGAACUCAAUAAUUUAAUUGCAUUGCAUUGCAUAUAGGGCUCUCCCUCGUUUAUUGUUGAUAUAUUAAAGCUGUAAGCUUAAGUGAUGUCCCAGGAAGUUGUGAGUUCAAAGCCGGAGGAGAUGAGAGACGCCGAGGGUGAAAACAACGUGGAAGUCGUCAUCAAAGUGACCAGUGAAACUGAAGACUCCCAUCAAAGUCAUGAUGCCGAUCAGCAGAGACCGGGAGAGACAGAGAAUAACUGUGAUGAGAUCAAACCGACUUGUCCUCCUAAAGAAUUAUUUCAGGUGGAAGAUGAUGACGGCGAUGAUGACAGCGGCACCCAUUAUAUAAAUAGCGAUGAGAGACUGUGCACUCAGUUACUGAGAGCAGAGAGAACUGCAAAUGGAGGACUGCCAGACACCUUUCAGACUGAUCACCUUCUGUACUACGAGAGAUUCAAAGCAUAUCAAGAUUACAUGCUGGGUGAUUGUAAAACAUCGGAAGUAGAGGCCUUCACAGCUGAGUACCUGGAGAAGGUUGUAGAGCCAUGUGACUGGCAGGCUAUAUGGCACACUUCUGUGUUUGAUGUGCUGGUUGAUGUUGUUGAUGUGGACUGCAAGGAACUGAAAGCAAAGGUGGAGUUAGUACAACCAAUGCAGUGUGAGACCAGAGGCUGUGAACUUAAUGAAGAGUCCAUGAAGGCUCUUCUGGAGGCUACGCUUCAUAAAGUGCCACUUCUGGACCUCUCUGUCACCUUUGAUGAGUCUGGGGACUUUGAUCAGACUGCUUUGGCCCUGGAACAUCUCAGGUUUUUCUAUAAGCAUAUCUGGAGGAAGUGGGAUGAGGAAGAUGAAGAUGAUGACUUUGAUUAUUUUGUUCGGUGUGUGGAACCUCGUCUCAGACUUUACUAUGAUAUUCUGGAGGAUCGUGUUCCAGCUGGUCUUGUAGCUGAGUAUCAUUCAGUGCUGACGCUCUGCUCCGAGAAGUUCCAGGAGUUCUCCAGCCUGAGAAGUGACCUGAACAGUGACUCUGAGUCAGAACAAGACAAUGUGUCCAUGGUGCAAGGGUUGUGCAUGUAUGAGCAGCUGGAAGCACUUAAGCGCAAGCUGCGUAUUAUUGAGAACCCGCUGCUCAGGUAUGUUCUGGGCUACAAGGUGAACUCUGGUCAGCAGUCAUACAGUGCAAAGGGGUUACGUCCUGCUGGUGGCAGAGUGGUCCACUUGGUAUCUGCCUCGGCCACAGUUCAACAGCUUCAAAGCUUGAUAACUGACAAACUGAUGCCCCACUACUCCAACGAAGAGUUUGAAGUGCAGUUUCACAGUGACCCGGUGCUUGCAGUAAAUGCAUGUUAUGAGGGGGAUGUGGUCAUAGUAUGCCCUGGCAUCUACAGCAUUACCAGCUCCAUUAGUAUUGUCGACUCAAUCGAGGUUGAAGGAUACGGUCUGCCAGAUGAGGUGGUGAUCGAGAAGCGUAACAAGGGUGAUGCCUUUGUGGAGUCAACGGGAGCAAACGUCAAACUCUCAAAUCUGAAAUUCAUCCAGCGCGACGCCAUUGAAGGCAUCUUAUGUGUUCGCCAGGGGAAGCUGGAAAUGGAAAAUUGUGUGAUGCAGUGUGAGACCAUAGGAGUGAUUGUGAGAUCGGCAGCCCAGCUCACCAUGAACAUGUGUGACCUGUAUGGCUCAAAGGGGGCUGGUGUGGAGAUCUACCCCGGUAGUGUAUGCAGUCUAGUGGGCAACGGCAUCCAUCACUGCAAGGAGGGGAUCCUGAUUAAGGAUUUUGCAGAUGAGCUGGACGUCAUGCCUAAAAUCACCAUGGUGAAUAACGUGAUCCACAACAAUCAGUGCUACGGCGUUAUCUUGGUCAAGCCAGGUGACGCUAAAGUGGAGGAUCUGCCUGCAGAGCCCAAUGCUGCAGAUGACUCAGAGAUGGAGGAAAAAGAGGAGUCUGAAGACACUGGGGAAAAAACAGAGGCAAAUAUGUAUGAUGUUCCAGUCAUUGUGGUGGAGGAAGAGUGCCCAGCUAUCAGACAUGGCCACUCUGACACUCUAGACUUCACUGAAGGUAAUGAUGCCAUCAAGCAAGAGUUGGUUGCCACAUCGGCCAAGAAACAUAGACUUCAGAAGAGCCGGAUGAAGGCACUAGGGGCCAUGCAGGCUGAUGAGAGUCUACUCUCACAGGAAAUGUUCAUUUCCAUUCACGGAAAUCAAUUCAAGCACAAUGGCAAGGGCAGCUUUGGAACCUUCCUGUAUUAAAGCCUUCUCUAUGGCGAGCAUGCACGGACACACUUAACUGUUCAAGUCUAUUUAUUUUCUAUUUCUUCAAUUUUGCUCCAAGUUUACUUUUAGCUUUCUAUUAAAUACUGUUUGUGAAUGAAAUGCGCAGUGAAUUAAAAGCAUGCUUAAAAUGUACUCUAUUUUUAAACUUUGUUACCUUUUUAACCAAAGUGGCGUUGUUUUUUUUUUUUCCUUUUUUUUAUACAAGUACUUGUACAUAUUUACACAAAAAGUGCUGCACUUGGACUUUUUUUCCUUGUCAUUUGUUUAUAAUAUCACAUGUUUUUGGAAAUAUGAGAUGGUGAUUACUGGGAGUCAUAUUCAAAGAUUAUACAGAAUAGUGUCUUUAAUGUUGAGUGUUCACAGAGUUCAUGUUAACUAGGCCUCACUCGGUUGUCACAUUACACUAUAGUUUAAUGUUCACUUGUUUAAAAGUAAAUGCAGUGUUUUGUCUUAAUUGUCUCAUAUCAUGAAGAAAUAAAGUAA